AAGCGUGUUUAUUGUGUAUUGGAGCAGGCAGCUCUGGUCUGACCUCCAUCAAAUGCUGUUUAGACGAAGGGCUGGAGCCUGUGUGCUUCGAGAGCAGUGAUGAUAUUGGAGGACUGUGGAAAUUUAAGUCACAACCUGAGGCAGACCAUUGCGGCAUUUAUCGCUCUGUCAUAGUGAACACCUCUAAAGAGAUGAUGAGCUACAGUGAUUUCCCUAUGCCAGAUCAUUUCCCCAACUUCAUUCACAACUCUAUGGUCAUGCAGUACUUCAGACUCUACGCUGAGAACUUCAACCUGCUCAAACACAUUCACUUUCAGACCACAGUUCGCAGUGUGAGACAAAGGCCUGAUUUCUCUGACUCUGGUCAGUGGGAGGUGGUAACCGUGGACAGAGAUGGACGAGAGGAGACACGUGUGUUUGACGGUGUGCUGGUGUGUUCAGGACACUACACACAACCCAUCAAACCCCUCUCAGACUUCCCAGGUAUUGACACAUUCCCAGGGACAAUAACUCACAGCUGGGAAUAUAAGGACCCUGAUCCUUACUUUGGGAAGAGAGUAGUUGUCGUUGGGAUUGGGAAUUCUGGUGGAGACAUAGCCGUGGAGCUCAGCAGAGUGUGUGAGAAGACCUUUAUGAGUACCCGAAAAGGUGCUUGGGUCAUAGGUCGUGUAGUCGGUAGAGGGCUUCCUCUAGAUAUGACAAUGAAUACACGAGCUCGAUAUCUGAUUUAUGGCCUCCUGCCUCAACCUUUGCUUAACUGGAUUUGGGAGAGAAGCCUCAAUCAGAGACAUGACCACAAGCUGUAUGGACUACAGGCUGCUCACAGGAUCCUUGACCACUAUGUUGUUAUAAACGAUGAUAUCCCAGGUCGCAUUCUGGUAGGAGAACUGGUGAUGAAAUCAAAUGUGCAGAAGUUUCAAGGCUCAACGGUUGUCUUUGAUGAUGGGACCGUAGAAGAGAAGAUUGAUGCAGUGAUCUUCUGCACAGGAUAUGAUUAUAAAUUCCCCUUCCUCCCCGAUUCCUUAAACUCUGGUUCUGAUGGAGAUCUGAAACUUUACAGAAGAGUCUUUCCUCCAUCUCUAGAGCGUCCCACACUGGCCAUCAUGGGCCUGCUGCAAACCAAAGGGGCGAUCAUGCCAGCUGUAGAGCUACAGGCACGCUGGGCCACCAGGGUCAUUGCAGGACUAAACCAUCUUCCUCCAGCUGAUAAAAUGGAUAAAAUAAUCGAGAAAGACAUACAAGCAUAUUUAAAGAGUUACUGUCCCAAAGUGGCUGCCCUUCAAGUGGACUACAUCCCUUACCUAGACACAAUAGCAAAGGAAAUAGGCGUCCGUCCCAACAUUGCUUUGCUUCUCCUGAAGGACCCUGCUGUUGGUUUGAGGGUUUUCUUCGGGCCCUGUACUCCCUACCAGUAUCGACUGAGUGGACCGGGGCACUGGAGAGGUGCCCGUCAGGCCAUCCUUACCCAAUGGGAUCGUGUGGCCAAACCCAUGAAGACCCGCUCCAUUCCAGAGCCUUCAUCCUUCAGCUUACUUUUUUGGCUGGGCUUGUCAGGAGGAGCUGGAGUGAUUUUUGCUUUAAUGGCAAUGCAGAAGAUCCCACUGUUUUGUAAUAUCUAUUAGAUCUCAGAUAUCCCAAACUUGAUUUUUGAGUAACUGUGUUUCAUAUUUGCACUUUAACCUAAUUGUUUUUUAAUUCUUGGAGUUAAAUAUCUUUUAUAAUAAUAAUAAUAAUAAUAAUAACUAACCUUAUAAGGUAAUCUAACAAGUGUAACUCUAGAAAGUAUUUUUACUUUUACUACUAGGCCUAGCUGUGAAUUGUACAGUGCAGUUAUUACUAUGUCUACAUAUCAUUUAGAUUCACUCACAUACUCCUAUAUGACCAAUAUAUGACCUGUAGCUUCAUAUGAUCACCACUAGAUGUCCUACAUAGCACCAAUAGUCUUCUCCAUUAAAAUUGGUUGAAUGGAGUGGUUUCAGUUUGUCAACUCGUCUAUUGAUAAUUCAUCGAAAAUAUACAAUUACUGACAUUAUAGAAUUUAAGUCAGUAUCAAGUCAUUCAAUUAACCUUCUGGUGACAACUGUUACAUCGGCUACUAUGAUGAUUUGAAAUGUGUAUUUAGCAUUAUUUGCUACUGAAUAAA